GAGGGAUCGGAGGAAAUGAAUUUUGAACCUGCACCAUACACCACCUUGCAAUAUUACCCUGAUCCCUGCAUGCAGCGGUUUGUGGAAACUCCAGGCCAUUUUUCCUGGACGGAGAGUUACUACCGAUCCACCAUGUCCCAGAGCUCGCAGACAAGAGAAUUCCUGAGUCCAGAGGUUUUCCAGCAAAUCUGGGACUUCCUGGAACAGCCAAUAUGUUCAGUUCAGCCGAUCAACUUGAACUUCAUGGACGAUACCUCAGACAAUGGCCCUACAAACAAAAUAGAGAUUAGUAUGGAUUGUGUCCGGAUGCAGGAUGCGGAUGGCAGCGACCCCAUGUGGCCACAGUACACAAACCUGGGGCUCCUAAAUAGCAUGGAACAGCAGAUUCAAAAUGGCUCCUCCUCCACCAGCCCCUACAACACGGAGCAUGCUCAGAACAGCGUCACGGCACCCUCGCCCUACGCCCAGCCCAGCUCCACUUUUGACGCCCUCUCGCCCUCCCCUGCCAUCCCCUCGAACACAGACUACCCGGGACCUCACAGCUUCGACGUGUCAUUUCAACAGUCCAGCACCGCCAAGUCAGCAACAUGGACGUACUCGACCGAGCUGAAGAAGCUGUAUUGCCAGAUCGCCAAGACAUGUCCCAUCCAGGUCAAAGUGAUGACCCCACCGCCACAGGGCGCCAUUAUCCGUGCCAUGCCCGUCUACAAGAAGGCCGAGCACGUCACUGAGGUGGUCAAACGCUGCCCGAACCACGAGCUGAGCCGGGAGUUCAAUGAGGGGCAGAUCGCCCCUCCCAGCCAUUUGAUCCGGGUGGAAGGAAACAGCCAUGCUCAGUACGUGGAAGACCCCAUCACUGGAAGGCAGAGUGUACUUGUACCCUACGAACCACCGCAGGUCGGCACAGAGUUCACGACGGUGUUGUACAACUUCAUGUGCAACAGCAGCUGUGUUGGUGGGAUGAACCGCCGCCCGAUCCUCAUCAUCGUAACCCUGGAAACAAGAGAUGGACAAGUCCUAGGCCGCCGGUGUUUUGAAGCCCGCAUUUGCGCUUGUCCAGGGAGGGACCGCAAAGCAGAUGAGGACAGCAUUAGAAAGCAGCAAGUCUCCGACAGCACAAAGAAUGGCGACGGUACGAAACGCCCGUUUCGGCAGAGUACGCAUGGGAUACAGAUGACAUCUAUCAAAAAACGUCGCUCUCCAGAUGAUGAGCUCCUAUACUUACCGGUACGGGGACGGGAGACGUAUGAAAUGCUGCUAAAGAUCAAAGAAUCCUUGGAGCUCAUGCAGUACCUCCCGCAGCACACGAUUGAGACGUACAGACAGCAGCAGCAGCAGCAGCAGCAGCACUUGCUCCAGAAGCAGACUUCUAUGCAGUCGCAGUCGUCUUAUGGCUCCAGCUCCCCACCGCUCAGCAAGAUGAACAGCAUGAACAAGCUGCCUUCCGUCAGCCAGCUGAUCAACCCCCAGCAGCGCAAUGCUCUGACCCCUACCGCCAUCCCUGACGGCAUGGGAACCAACAUUCCCAUGAUGGGCGCCCACAUGGCAAUGACCGGAGACAUGAACGGUCUCAGCCCUACGCAGGCGCUGCCUCCUUCCCUCUCGAUGCCGUCGACAUCUCAUUGCACCCCGCCACCUCCGUACCCCACAGACUGCAGCAUCGUCAGCUUCUUAGCGAGGUUGGGCUGCUCAUCCUGCGUGGAUUAUUUCACGACCCAGGGGCUGACCACCAUCUAUCAGAUUGAGCAUUACUCCAUGGAUGAUUUGGUGAGCCUCAAGAUCCCGGAGCAGUUCCGCCAUGCCAUCUGGAAAGGUAUCCUGGACCACCGGCAGCUCCAUGACUUCUCCUCCCCUCCUCACCUCCUGCGCACCCCCAGCGGCGCCUCCACCGUCAGCGUGGGCUCCAGUGAGACCCGGGGGGAGCGGGUCAUCGACGCGGUCCGCUUCACGCUCCGUCAGACCAUCUCCUUCCCGCCCCGCGACGAGUGGAACGAUUUCAAUUUUGACAUGGACGCUCGGCGCAACAAGCAGCAGCGCAUCAAGGAGGAGGGGGAGUGAAGCUGCCAGGGCUCUGCCCCCCCA